GCGCGGAGCGGCGCGGAGAUGGUGCCGCUGGUGCGGGGCGCCGGGGGCUCCCACCAGUGGCUGGCGGCCGUGCUGCUCGGCCUCUGCUGCCUGCUGCCCGCCGGGCGGCUCGCCGCGCCGGGAGGAGACUUCCCCGGGGCUGCCGCGGACAGCCUGGUGGUGCGGAAGGGGGACACGGCCGUGCUCAGGUGUUACUUGGAAGAUGGAGCUUCCAAGGGCGCGUGGCUGAACCGCUCGAGCAUUAUUUUUGCUGGCAGUGACAAGUGGUCGGUGGACCCUCGAGUUUCCAUCGCGACAGCAAACAGGAGAGAGUACAGCCUGCAGAUCCAGGACGUGGAUGUGACAGAUGACGGUCCCUACACCUGUUCUGUGCAAACCCAGCACACUCCCAGAACGAUGCAGGUGCACCUAACUGUGCAAGUUUCUCCGAAGAUAUUUCGUAUUUCGAGUGACAUCGUUGUGAACGAAGGCAGCAAUGUUACUCUGGUGUGUCUGGCCACCGGGAAACCAGAGCCCUCCAUUUCCUGGAGACACAUCUCUCCAUCUGCAAAACCAUUUGAGAGCGGGCAGUACCUGGACAUCUAUGGAAUUACAAGAGAUCAGGCUGGGGAGUAUGAAUGCAGCGCAGAAAACGACGUCUCAGUCCCAGACGUGAAAAAAGUAAAAGUCACAGUAAACUUUGCCCCCACAAUUCAGGAACUUAAGUCCAGCGGAGUGAUGCUCGGAGGGAACGGCCUCAUCCGGUGCGAAGGCGCGGGCGUUCCUGCCCCGGUCUUUGAGUGGUACAGAGGAGAGAGGAAACUGAUCAGUGGUCAACAAGGAAUUACUAUUAAAAAUUAUAGCACGAGAUCACUUCUUACUGUUACCAAUGUGACAGAAGAGCACUUUGGCAACUAUACCUGUGUUGCUGUCAACAAGCUUGGGAUGACCAAUGCCAGCCUGCCUCUCAACCCUCCCAGUACGGCCCAGUAUGGGAUCACCGGGGACGCCGAGGUCCUGUUCUCCUGCUGGUACCUUGUGUUGACACUGUCCUCCCUCACCAGCAUAUUCUACCUGAAGAACAUCAUUCUGCACUGAGUGUAAAGAACCCUAAAAGGCUUUUAAGGAUUCUCUGAAAGUGCUGAUGACUGGAUCUGAUCUGGUAGAGUUUGUUAAAAGCAGCGUGGGAUAUAAUCAGCAGUGCUUGCGUGGGGGAUGAUCGCCUUCUGUAGAAUUGCUCAUUAUGUAAAUACCUUAAUUCUACUCCUUUUUUGAUUAGCUGCAUUACCUUGUGAAGCAGUACACAUUGUCCUUUUUUAAGACGUGAAAGCUCUGAAGUUACUUUUAGAGGGUAUUAAUUGUGAUUUCAUGUUUGUAAUCUACGAGUUUUCAAAAGCAUUCAGUCAUGGUCUGCUGAACUGCAGACCGUAGUUUACAAAAAAAAAAAAA